CACCAGCGCCUGGGCUGGAGGACAGAGAAGCCUUUUCCGUUGCCGGUGCCGGCCUAGCGUCCUGGAAUUACUUCCAUCAAAAACGAGUCUGUGUUGCCAAGGCUGGCCUUGAACUCCUGGCCUCAAGCUAUCCUUCCAUCUAGGGCCUUCCAGAGCACUGGGAUUACAGGCAUGAGCCACCUCAAGCAAUCCUUCCAUCUAGGGCCUUCCAAAGCACUGGGAUUAUUGGCAUGAGCCACCACACCCUGCCUAGUUCAAUUUAUUAAAAAAUAACAGCAAGGAGCGAGAACCCGAGCAGCGCCAUGAGCAACACUGCCGUCGUCCCCAGCACUGCAGGUCCGGGCCCCAGCGGCGGGCCCGGUGGCGGAGGCGGUGGCGGCGGAGGCGGCGGCACCGAGGUAAUCCAGGUGACUAAUGUCUCCCCGAGCGCUAGCUCUGAGCAGAUGCGGACUCUCUUCGGUUUCCUAGGCAAGAUCGACGAACUGCGCCUCUUCCCGCCGGAUGAUUCACCUUUGCCAGUCUCAUCUCGUGUCUGCUUUGUUAAGUUCCAUGAUCCAGACUCAGCAGUUGUGGCACAGCAUCUGACAAACACUGUAUUCGUUGACAGAGCUUUGAUAGUCGUACCAUAUGCAGAAGGAGUUAUUCCUGAUGAAGCUAAGGCUUUGUCUCUGUUGGCACCAGCUAAUGCAGUGGCAGGUCUUCUGCCUGGUGGUGGACUCCUGCCUACCCCUAACCCACUUACCCAGAUUGGCGCUGUUCCACUGGCUGCUUUGGGGGCUCCUACUCUUGAUCCUGCCCUUGCUGCACUUGGGCUUCCUGGAGCAAACUUGAACUCUCAGUCUCUUGCUGCAGAUCAGUUGCUGAAGCUUAUGAGUACUGUUGAUCCCAAGUUGAAUCAUGUAGCUGCUGGUCUCGUUUCACCAAGUCUGAAAUCAGAUACCUCUAGUAAAGAAAUAGAGGAAGCUAUGAAAAGAGUACGAGAAGCACAGUCCCUAAUUUCUGCUGCUAUAGAACCAGAUAAGAAAGAAGAAAAAAGAAGGCAUUCAAGAUCAAGAUCACGUUCUAGGAGGAGGAGGACUCCCUCAUCUUCUAGACACAGGCGGUCAAGAAGCAGAUCGAGACGGCGGUCACAUUCUAAGUCUAGGAGUCGGCGACGAUCCAAAAGCCCAAGACGGAGAAGAUCUCAUUCCAGAGAAAGAGGUAGAAGGUCAAGGAGCACAUCAAAAACAAGAGACAAAAAGAAAGAAGACAAAGAAAAGAAACGUUCUAAAACACCACCAAAAAGUUACAGCACAGCCAGACGUUCUAGAAGUGCAAGCAGUUUGCACAUUUGUGAUUCUAGAGAGAGACGACGACGAAGAAGCAGGAGUGGAACAAGAUCUCCUAAAAAGCCUCGGUCUCCUAAAAGAAAAUUGUCUCGCUCACCAUCCCCUAGGAGACAUAAAAAGGAGAAGAAGAAAGAUAAAGACAAAGAAAGAAGCAGGGAUGAAAGAGAACGAUCAACAAGCAAGAAGAAGAAGAGUAAAGAUAAGGAAAAGGACCGGGAAAGAAAAUCAGAGAGUGAUAAAGAUGUAAAACAGGUUACACGGGAUUAUGAUGAAGAGGAACAGGGGUAUGACAGUGAGAAAGAGAAAAAAGAAGAGAAGAAACCAAUAGACACAGGUUCCCCUAAAACAAAGGAAUGUUCUGUGGAAAAGGGAACUGUUGAUUCACUAAGAGAAUCCAAAGUGAAUGGGGAUGAUCAUCAUGAAGAAGAUAUGGAUAUGAGUGACUGAAUAUUGCCUCUGAGGGAAUCCAACUGUAUACCUGCAUCAGUGUCAUUCCUUUGUGUGAUUUCUUAAUGCUGUAUUUGUUCAUCUCAAACCUAGAUGUAUACAGCUCUGAGUUAUAAAUGGUUAUAAAGCUCCUGUUACUGAUAUUAGUUAUUUACAUCAAAAAGCUUUUAGAAAAUGGUACGAGGUAACCAAUUCUUGUCAUGGUGAAAUCUGAUUGAGUAACCAAGCAGUUUUACUAUUCUGGUGCUGCUUCAUAACAAAAAUGAAAAGCUGCAUGCAUCUACAGCAGGCAUGGAUUGUUUAUGUCGUAUGAUAUCCUUUAUUAAGUAAGUUCACUUAUAGUAUUUCUAUAAUUUGAUUCAUUGCCGUAAUAGAGCCAUGUAGGAAAUGCACUGAUUGCAUGUUAUUGUGGCAAGAAUAUCCUAAAUAUCAUUAAAAUCCUCCAACAUGAUGGAUCUACUUAUGGUCUUGUUCGUUGACAUGACAAAUUAACAUUCUUAUAGUUACAUCUGGAAAUGAGCAUUUGAAAUAGAUAAUCCUUUAAGCCUUGUGGCAAAAUUUUUGUGGCUUUUGUUUAACUUUGAAAGGUUAUUAUGCACUAACCUUUUUUGGUGGCUAAUUAGGGUUUAAAUACAGAAACAAAAUUUCAAAUAAAACUGUCUUUGGCAGUGAGUAAAUAGCAUAUUUUGAAGUAGAGUUGUAUACUUUUUCAUAAGAUGUUUGGGAAUUUUUUUCCUGAAGUAAUAAUUUAUUCCACAUUUACAUCAGUGAAAGCUAUCUACCUAUCCUGAGUCUAUCUAUCUAUCUUAAAGGAAAAAAAGAAAAAAAAAAAAAAACUUAUCUCUUGCCCUUAUUUUGAAUUUUCCACUCUUUCAUUAAUUUGUUUUAAGCUCCAUGUUGGAAAAAAGGGGUAGUGCAUUUUAAAUUGACCUUCAUAGGCUUUUAAAAUAAGACAAAUCUACUUGAUAAUGUACCUUUAUUUGAUCUCAAGUUGUAUAAAACCAAUAAAUUUGUGUUACUGCAGUAGUAAUCUUAUGCACACGGUGAUUUCAUGUUAUAUAUGCAAAGUAGUUAGGCAACUGUUUUCUUAGUUACAGAAGUUUCAAGCUUCACUUUUGUGCAGUAGAAACAAAAGUAGGCUAUAGUCUGUGCCAUGUUGAUGUACAGUUUCUGAAAUUGUUUUACAAGACUUUGAUAAUAAAACCCUUAAACUUA